AUGGAUAAUGGAUAUUGUCAAUCUGUGUUCUGUAAAUGGAAAACUCCCACAGUGUUCAACGGAAAGUUUGUCGCGGGUGAAAAAACGAGUGUAAAAUCGUUCAAUACGCGCAAUCGCGCAUUGUAUCACUCGUCGGAUCUGCGCGAGUGGUACGAUCGAGACGUGAUGGAUGCAACAAUAACCACUCUGGAGGAGUUCCAAGAACGCAACAGCGGCUGGGCGUUGACGCAGAUACUGAACCUCACAGUGAAUGUGAACAGUCACAAUCCGAUGCGCGCAGGAUUGGUCGCCGCAUUGUAUCCUAGUGCUAAAGACUCACAUCAACCGUCGCAAUAUCCCGCGUACGCGAGUGUGUUGAACUUUGAUGGAAUAGAGUUUCCAAUGACAUUGCGUCAAAUCGCGCGUUUCGAACGCAACAACAACGUGUCCGUAAACGUGUUUACGGCGGCGGAACAGGGACGCGGAUACGUGCCGCUGCAUCUCACGUCGAACAAGAAGGAGAAGCAUGUGAAUCUACUGUAUGUUCCCGAUCAACACAAUGGACACGUGAGACACUUUGCGUGGAUAAAAAAUUUAUCGCGUUUAGUCAGCUCGCAAUUGAGCAAAAUGAAGACAGCAAAGUACAUAUGCGAUCGAUGUCUACACUACUUCUACACGAGCGAUAAGCUGGCGGUACACACCACGGAUUGUGAAAGAUUGAACAACAGCGCAAUCAUUCUUCCCGCUGAAAGAAAGAAUUGUUUGAAAUUUGAGAAUUACAACAACAAGGAACGGGUUCCAAUGGUGGUGUACGCCGACUUGGAGUGCGUACUCGAGAAACAGGACAAAGAGGAAAACGCAUCGAGCGCGCACAAGUAUCAAAGACACAGUGUGUUCAGCAUCGGUUAUUACGCGAGCUGCGAGCACAUUGACAUCGGAUACAGAUCUUAUAGAGGCGAGAACUGUGUGCAGUGGUUCGUAAAUAAUUUGCACGAUCUCGCGAAACGUGCAAAGACCAUAUUCGCGACAAAUGUACCCAUGGUGAAUCUCACAUCGACGGAGCUCGAGCGGUUUAGGAACGCCAAGUGUUGCCACGUUUGCGAACGACCGUUUGAGCGAGAUGACAUGAGAGUGCGCGAUCAUUGUCAUCUGACGGGACGCUUCAGAGGACCCGCGCACUCCGCAUGCAAUCUGAAUUACAAACAGGUCUACGUUGUUCCCGUUGUGUUCCACAACUUGUCGGGAUACGACGCGCAUUUUAUUAUCAAGGAUGUGGCCACCGCUUUCGAGGACAAUCAGAAGUGCGUGCAACUGCGGUUCAUCGAUUCGUACAAAUUUCUGAGCACAAGCUUAGAAAAGCUCGCGUCCUAUCUCGACAAGAGCGAACUGCGAGUGACUCGAACGAAAUUCGACGAUUUCUCCACCGAGGACUUCGAACUGCUCACGCGAAAAGGUGUGUUUCCAUACGAAUAUGUGGACAGCGUCGACAAAUUGUUAGAAACAAGUUUGCCACCGCGCGAGGCGUUUUACAGUUCGUUGACCGGUGAGACUGUGACGGAGAGCAAGUACGCGCACGCGACGAACGUCUGGCGACGAUUCAAUAUCGAUAAUUUGAAAUCUUACAGCGACCUGUAUCUGAAGACAGACGUACUUUUGCUUGCCGAUGUAUUCGAAAACUUUCGUCGCGAGUGCCUCGCGAGUUAUGGACUGGAUCCCGCGCACUACUACACGCUGCCGGGAUAUACAUGGGACGCCAUGUUGAAGUAUACUCGUGUGACGUUCGAGCUGUUGGCUGACAUCGACAUGGUAAUGUUCGUGGAACGCGGCAUACGCGGCGGUUUGAGUCAAUGUUCAAACAGAUACGCCCGCGCUAACAACAAGUACGCGCAAUCGUACGAUCUAUCCGAAUCGUCGUCGUAUCUGAUGUACUACGACGUUAACAAUCUCUACGGAUGGGCAAUGUGUCAACCGCUUCCAUAUGGUAACUUUGCAUGGGUGGAGAACGCAGACGAGUUUGAUGUGACAACGGUCGUCGCGGACAGCGACGUUGGCUACAUACUCGAGGUCGAUCUGACGUAUCCGAAAGAACUGCACGACGAGCACAGAGAUCUACCCUUUUGUCCAACGCGCGAGGAGCCGCCUGGUAAACAUGGAAAGAAUCACGUCAAACUGCUCGCCACAGUGUUCAACAAGAAGCGAUACGUGAUUCACUACCUCAACCUGCAGCAGUGUCUGCGAUACGGGCUUCGCCUGACGCGAAUACAUCGAGUACUGCGGUUCUCGCAAUCGCCUUGGCUGCGCGGAUACAUCGAACUGAAUACCCGAUUCCGCGCGAACGCCACCAACGAGUUUGCAAAGAACCUUUACAAACUCAUGAACAACGCGGUGUUCGGCAAGACUAUGGAGAACGUGCGCAAGUACACCGACGUACGACUCGUUACAAAAUGGGAAGGACGAUGCGGUGCGGAGGCGAUCAUUGCAAAACCAAACUUCCACAGCCGCAGCGUGUUCGCUGAAGAUUUAGUGGCCAUAGAACUGCGUCGUUUGGAAGUUUUAUUCAACAAACCGUUGUAUGUUGGUAUGUGCAUACUCGACAUAUUGAAGACCUGUCUAUACGAAUUCCAUUACGACUACAUGGCACCGUUGUAUGGUUACGAUUGCAAGAUCCUCUACACCGAUACCGAUAGUUUGAUAUACCACAUAAAGUGCGAGGAUGUGUACGAGGAUAUGAAGCGUGAUAUCGCUCGCUUCGAUACGAGCGACUAUCCAGCGAACAAUCCAUACAAUAUGCCUUGCGCAAACAAGAAGGUACCGGGACUUAUGAAGGAUGAGAACAACGGUGCUGUUAUGACGGAGUUUGUGGGUUUGCGCGCAAAGAUGUACGCGACUCGAGUGGGCGACAGCAAGUGCACGAAGAAGGUGAAAGGUGUGAAGAGGAGCGUCGUCGCGAGAACGAUCACCUUCGACGAUUACGUGCAAUGUCUGCGGAACGCAACCGAACUGACGCGACAGCAGUCGUGCAUACGAUCUCAGUUGCACGAGGUGUUCACCAUGUCAGAACGGAAGCUCGAUCUGAGCCCGCACGAUGACAAGCGGUACAUCAUCAAUGGAUCGACCGACACCUUACCGUGA